AAAAUUAUUCAUUGUUUUAUUUCAGAGCUGAAUAAUGUCAAUGACAGAAUCAGGGAUCGAAACUACUGUAGCCCCAGAAUGGCUUGUGAAACUGGAAAGUCGACGAGAACAAAUAAAAGCUAAAUUAGGUCAUGAAAGUGGAAAUGGUGCGCCAUGUGUUGUAUGUGGAAGCAAAUGUCCUGGGUUGGAUUUACACUUCUGGCGUAAGGUCUGCCGUAACUGUAAGUGCCGAAAGGAACAGCACGACUGCAAGGAUGACGAUGUGACAGGAUGGGCGCAAUUUGAAAUUUUGGGUGCGAUCCGGUCAAAGCCUGCUUAUAUACAAAUUUCAAAGUUUACUGAUAAACCCGUUCAGCUAGAUUGGAUCCCUCCAAAUGUAACUCCGGAGCUAGCAUCCGAUUAUAUGUGCAAACUUGGUCAACAGAACAUUCCCAUUGCUGGUAGUGAAGCAGCUGAAAAACGAAAACAACAACUCGAAUAUCAGGUCCCUCCGCACGAUUUAGAUGCCAGUUUAUGUCACAAUCUAUCUGAAAUCGAGGCAGCUCAGUUAGUUCAAUAUGUUGAAAAGAUUAAGAAAAAUUGUGUAGGACAAGGAAAUGUAGUUCGAGUAGGGGACAAUGUCAAACAUUUAACCUACACGGAAAAUGUCCAAAGUAUGCUACCUGCACAAGAAUCGAGAGUGAGAAAUGGACUUGUCAAACAAUUACUCUUCUCGGAACCGGUUAAAGCUAUCCUUUCCAAAAGCUCGUCAUUUACCGAUUGCCAUUUGUGCAUUCAGAAAGAACCAAUGGAGGCUGAUUUUUUGAUUAGCCCCUUAAUGUCCGAUAAAAUUAAGUACAAAUUGAAGUUAAUGAAAGUCAAUUCAGAAGCAAUUCGAAGUGCUGUUCAAAACGGUCCAGAUUUAGAUUUUAUUUUGAAAUCAUUGGACGUUAGUAGAGUGAGAUAUAAAGAUACCUGUAGCUUACUUGGUCCGCUUAACGAGUUCAGACAGGAAUACCUAAACAACGCUAAGUUUCAAAUGGAAAUCGAUAAAUUUGUGGCUGCUUCAUUCCCAACGGCUGAAUUGACAGGUGCUGAACAUGCAAUUUCUGAAAAUCCAUUCAACUCUCCUCUAGCACUCAGAAAUUUAGCACGUCAUGAUUUUCAACAACGUCAGGAAACACCAAUAAAGAAAUUACGGUUCGAACAAAAAUCAUUGCCGACAUUAUCCAAGGAAUGUCAAGCUGCUGUAAGGAAAGAUACUGUACUAGCGAGUAUUCUUAAUUCAGAGCCACUUAAAACUACUCUUCAUACUCCAUUAUAUGGAUCACAAUUGAUUAUAUCAAAGCAGCCUAUGUUUCCGGAUUUCAUAAGUAGUCCAUUCCUGUCACCUGCUUCUAAGUCACGACUGGAAGUGAUGAAGAUCAACUCCCAAACAAUACAAAGUGCUGUUCUAAAUGGUCCAUUUUAUGACGAAUUACUCACUAAGCUUAACAAUUGGGGAAUCAAUUAUGCCCAGGAUUCAAUACUGCAACCCAUAGAAGAAUUCCGCGACGAGUUUCUCAGUUAUGAUAGUGACAAUGAUUUUCAAAAAGAAAUAAUAGAUUUUAUCAAAAACUCAGAUUUGUCGUCGUUUGGAAUAAAUCCAUUACAGAUUCCGAAUGUAGCUGAUACCAGAAAAGCAGCUCAACUAUCGAAUCCAUUUUUAUCAGAAAUACUAUCUACCCCAAUGAUUCAAAAAGCUCUGAAUUCAAGAUUACAACCGGAUGGGCUUUUGCAGAUUUCCAACAAUCCUAUGGUUAAAGACUUUCAACAUUCAAAAAAAUUAACUCUUCCUACAAAAGCCAAACUUGAAAAAAUGAAAAUCGAUUGUAGAGCAAUCGAGAGUGCUGUUGUAUGUGGCCCUACCUACGACAAACUUUUCAAUCAGUUAAACAAAAACCAUGUGAAUUUCGCUUCUGAUUGUAUAUUAAACCCGAUCGCACAGUUUCGUACGGAAUAUCUUACCGAUGAUAACUUUAGGAGGGAGUUGGUGCGCUAUGUAUCCCACCCAGAAACAUGUUUGUUCGAUCCGGUUACAAUCGAACAUUCACCAUCUGAAAGUAGCCAACUAUCUAAACAAAUGUCUAGUAUGCAUAUUUCUCACAGCGAUGAUUCAGGAUUUGGAUCUAUUCCUCCAACUCCAAAUUAUUCCACUUACCCAGGAGUGCUCAGUCCGUCAGACGAAAAUAACUUGAAUGCCAAAGAAGGCAUGCUUACAUCCAUUCCAGCUAUACAGGAUAUGAAUAUGUACCCAGAAGUUCGACCAAGUCGAGUGAUGUCAACGAAUGCUAGUGAAUCAGUAAUCGAACCACUUUCUGUAGAUCAUACCGAGCACAAAUCUCCCAAGAAACAAACGGAAGAUAUCAUUUGUCGUGGUUGCAAACUAGUUAUCUCACUAGGUGAAGUUGCGGUUAAAGCGGAGCGUGCUGGCAAAAGUGCUGCUUGGCAUCCACAGUGCUUCAAGUGUCACAAAUGUGAAGAACUACUUGCCGAUCUGGUUUAUUUCUACCACGGUAAUAAAGUAUAUUGCGCUCGUGAUUUGGCAGACAUUCUCAAAAUUCCCCGCUGUUCUGCUUGUGAUGAGUUAAUUUUUACUAAAGAAUAUACGGCAGCGGAAGGAGCAACUUUUCACAUUAAACACUUUUGUUGUUAUCAUUGUGAUGCAGCCCUCGCUGGUCAACAGUAUGUUCCAGACGAGAAAUCCAAUAUGCCGCUUUGUCUAACAUGCUACGAUACAUAUUUCGCCAAAUCCUGCCAUUAUUGUCACGAAAUCAUUGGACCGGCAGAACAAGGAGUCGUGUGGGGUAAUAUCCAUUGGCACGGUUCGUGUUUCUUGUGUAGCGGAAAGGAAUGCGGUAAAUCGCUGAUUGGAGGAAGGUUUUGUGUGAAAAACGAGAAGCCUUUCUGCAGUAAUCAAUGCCUAAAAAGUGUAUUGGCAUGAGUUAGAGAUACGAUAUCAAACAAAAUAUGCACUUGGUGCAGUAAAAUUAUAACUAUAUUUGGAACGAGUCAAAUAAUAUUAAAUUUACACUAUAUUUCAAAUAAAAUAUAUUUAAAACUAUAGAUAAGAUAAAUGCGCGUUUUACAAUAUUUUUAU